AUGUCUAUGUUUCGCGCCAAGAAGCUCGAUCUGGGCUGCUUCAUCAAGCCGCGGACGAUCCGCGACCACACCAAGCGCAAGGUCUUUGAGGACUUCGAGACGCAAAGACAAGCGCUUCGCUACAUUAUCCGAAACACCACUCUUCCGCCCCGGGUGCGCGCCGAGGCUCAGCUGCAGCUUACCCAGACGCACGCCUACACGCGCCCGACGCAGAUCCGGAAUCGGUGCAUCAUGGGCGGCAAGGGUCGCGGCAUCCUCAGCGACUUCAAGAUGUCGAGGUUCAACUUUCGACUAGAGGCUAUGGCCGGCAAUCUGCCCGGUGUCAAGAGGGCAAGCUGGUAA